AUCGUCCCGUUUUUCAGUAAAAUAUUUUUCCUCAAGGGUUUCUAAAACCCUGAAGAAGCUAAAUGGUGUUUUAAUAUUACUCUGAAAUACAAUCUUUCAGUUUAUUCGCUUACAAAUUGAUAUGAUUCUGACGUUAUAGUGUUUCGGGAACUUUAUAGAGAAGGUUUCGGAUCGCGUAAAAGUAGCUACAAAUUGAUACGAGUGCGAUAUUUUGGGAAAUAAAAAUGGAAUUGUUUUAUAUCUAAUGAUAUAUGUAACCCCUCUGGGAUGACUUCGCAACCGCUUUCCAACCUUAGACAUGGAGAGGAAGCAGUGUAAUUUACUUCAAAACUUUGAUGAGCCAAGAUCUGAAAUUUUGAAGAAAAGAUUAUUGAAAACUGUGAAUAUUUCUGCUGCUGCUGCCAAUCUGGCGCAAAACAGCUCACAGCAGAAUGUUCUACUCAACACUAUAAGAGCGCCAAUAUCGAGCAGCAUGAUCGUGUCCUCAGUGCAAGCGCCACAAAGCUCUUUGCCUAUCACUCACAAUUUGGUGACUCAUUCUAUUGCUCCUGUUAAAAUCCAUACUAAUAACUCGGGCUAUCCCCUUCAUUUGUCUACUGUUCACGUACCAGUGCAGAUACCAGGGUCGGCCUCAAAUAUUAAUGUGCCAGUGCAGCUGUCCGGAGCCCCCGGUAGUGUGCCCCUGCAUCUCGGAGGUCCCAGUGUCAGUGUUCCACUGCAAGUGUCAGGUACUACAAGUGUGCCGGUCCAGCUGUCAGGCGGAGACACCAUCAGUGUUCCUCUGCAGAUACCUUCAAGCCAAAGUAUUCACCUGACAGGCCCCGGGCUACCUUCUAUGCCAAUACUGCAAAACGCAAACCAGCAGCUGCAUAGUUCAAUAAUUCAUGUUCAUAUGGGCUCGAACCCCAGAACCACAAACUUGGACGGCUCAGAGAUGAAUUCCUCAAACUCACAUCUGCACAUAACAGACUCCAAUGGAGUUCCUGUUAAAAUGACAAAUCAGUCUUCUGUGGGGCCAAUGCAGGUUCAGAUUCCAAAUUCUUCAAACAACUCAAUACAGUUGACUUUGCCAAAUUCUGGCAACUCUGGGGCUGUGCAGUUGAGGGGAGCGCCGCGGUCGGUGCCCCAUGUGGUCUACAUCCAGACCCCGAGUGGACUCAAGCCCGUCACCAGUACGGAAGUCAUCAGCCAGGCCAGCUCUAGUGGAAACCCACCACAAAUUAUUGUGAGGAGACCAGUUACAAGUUCCGGAAACAUACAUCUAAUAUCUAAUGUUUCAAACAAAACCACCAUUGGACAAAAGAUGUCAGUCCAGAACAAAUCUUCACUCCUUGCCCCUAAUAAUGUCGCGCAACCGAUCGUCAUACAGAAGCCGAAAUCCGACAAAAUGAUGGUCCCUGUCAGCAUCGCUACCGGCGGGGCCAGCAAGCAAGCCAUCGCCUACCUCGGGCCAGUCAAGAAGUCCGCUCCAGCCAAGCUUCCUGACAACCAUUCUAUCCUCCUUCCAAACAACCACCCCAACAUUAACAACUCUAACCAGAAGGUGUUCCUCACCCCCAUGAACAUGCCCAAGGUUCAAAACAAGUACAUCUUGCCCGUCACCCUCCCCGCCACCAUGGCGUCCAAGGGACCCAUCAUCAACCUGCAGAUAGCCAAUGGACAGAUACAGAAUGACCCGCAGGGGAAUAUAACAGUGAUGAGAGACCCAGGGGCAGAUACAGAAAUGCCCCCGCUGCAGCCGCUGGGCAAACAGAUGAAUGGGAAGGAGCACCCGGGGCCGGUGCCGCAGAGCCCCAAGUCCGACAAGUCCUACACCGUGUCCAUCCCGGGGUCCCGCGUGGAGUCCACCGGCGAGCAGGAGUACAGCCUCUCCAUCCCCGAGACGAAUGCUUCCAUGAAUGAUGACAUAUACACCGUGUCUAUAGCGGACGAGGAUGGAGCUCAGAGAGAGAAGUCCUUCACACUGUCCAUUCCAGAGAAGGGCAAGAGUCUGCUGAACAAGGGCAUGCAGGAGCUGCCCCCCGCGCCCGCGCCCGCCAUCUUGCGCCGCUCCAACUCCGACAACACCGACAGGAAAAUCGCUAAUGCCAACCUAAAACGACGCAUCUCACUGUGCGCCGAAAACCUUGUCAACAAAAACAAGAUGCUCAUAAUCGGCAGCAGAAGUACGGAGAAAAUAGACGAGCAAGAGCAGGAGUCGGACCCCAACGACGACCACCGCGUGCCCUCGCUGUUCUGCGACGAGCAGCUAGACAAGGAGCUGGACCCGCGCGGCGCGCCCGAGCCCGACCCCUCCCCGCCCCCGCCGCCGCCCCCCGCGCCCGCCCGCGACCCCGCAGCAGACCGCCGCCCCGAGUACCUCUACUACCCGCAGCUGAAGGACGUGCGCAUCAAGCGCGAGAGCGUGGACCCGGCGCUGGACGACGACCCGCCCGGCCUGGCCUGGAGCGACGGCGUGGCGCGCCUGCGCGGCAGCCGCCUGCAGUUCCAGACCAACGAGUUCGGCCUCAUCGACCUCAUCGACGACGACGGCGACGACGCGGCGCUCGCGCACGCCGCCCGCUACCAGACGCCGCUCAAGCAGCGCAUCGACCGCGGCACCAAGAAGCCCACCUCGCCCGAGGACCUGUACCGCUGCGACGGCUGCGGCUGCCACGGCAUGGCCGCCGAGUUCAUCACGCCCAACUACUGCAGCCUCACGUGCCAGACCGACGUGCAGAAGCUCACGCAGAAGAAGCGCGACCGCGAGCGCAUCGAGCUGGCCAAGAAGAGGAACAAGAUCAAGAAGCUGCUGAUGAGGAAGCAGCUGUCGGACUCGGACCUGCAGGCGCUCAUCGACUCUAAAGAAGACAAGGUGGCGCUGAAGCACUACGACUCGCUGCCGGCGGACGGGAGGCUCUCUGAAGCUACUCUCACCAAGAUGAGCGAGGAGCUGGUGGAGAACGAGAAGUACCCGUGGAUGUGCGGCAAGAACGGCUUCUCGUGGAUGCGCUACCUCGAGUUCUGCAAGGCGAAGGCGGCGCCCGUAAAACUAUUCAAAGAUCCGUUCCCUUACACUCGGAACGGGUUCAAAGUCAGCAUGCGUUUAGAAGCGAUCGACCCUCAACAUCCGUCUUUAUUCUGCGUGGUGUCUGUGGCUGAGGUGCAAGGGUUCCGUUUGAGGCUUCACUUUGAUGAAUACCCGGAUAUGUACGACUUCUGGGUGAACGCGGACAGCGCGGACAUGUUCCCGGCCGGCUGGUGCGACAAGAACGGGCGCGCGCUGCAGCCGCCCGGGAACUUCUCCGGGCAGUUCUCGUGGCCGCUCUACCUCAAGCAGAUGCGGGCGGUCGCCGCGCCCAGACAUCUGUUUCCGCAUGUCAGCAAUACCAUGAUAAAGCCGAACGGCUUCCGCACGGGCAUGAAGCUAGAAGCAGAAGACCGCAAGAACAACCUAGUCUGCGUGGCGACGGUGGCCGACAUGAUGGACCACCGCCUGCUGGUGAACUUCGACUCGUGGGACGAGAUGUACGACUGCUGGGUCGAGCCGUCCUCGCCGUAUAUACACCCGGUGGGAUGGGCCGAGGAGAACGGGAUCUCGUUGACGCCGCCUAACUUUUACAAAGACCCGGACUCGUUCUCGUGGGACAACUACCUGAUCGAGACGGGCGCGGUGGCGGCUCCAGCACGCGCCUUCAAGACGCGCCCGCCGCAGGGGUUCAAGAUCGGCAUGAAGCUGGAGGUCGUGGACCGACGGGUGCCGUUCCUGAUCCGCGUGGCAACCAUCUCGGAGGUGAAGGGGCACCAGGUGCUGGUGUCGUUCGACGGCUGGGGCGGCGAGCUGGCCUGCUGGAUGGACGACGACUCGCCGGACAUACACCCCGUCGGCUGGUGCCUCAAGACGGGGCAUCCGCUCGAGCCGCCGCUUACGGAAGAAGAGCUGCAGCAGCCGGGCCCGUGCGGCGUGGGCGGGUGCCGCGGGCUGGGCUCGCUGCGCGGCGGCGCGCACAAGCAGCACGCGGCCGCCAGCGCCUGCCCCUACCGCCCGCGCGAGCCGCCCGCCCUGCCGCCGCGCCGCGCGCCGCCCGCCCAGCACCACGCCCUGCCCCUGUCCAGGAAAGUACCAAGCAGACCAGCCAAGUCGAUAGCGACAAGCACGCCUACCAGUGACGUGCCCAGAGAUAAACCUCGAGGCCGGCCACCGAAGCAUAAGCGAAUUGAAGAAGUUACCAAAACAGAACCGGCAUCAGACGACGAGUCCCUAUCCAGCGCCCGCAGCCAGCACAAGCGCUAUCGCCGCUCCCGGGCCACCGCGCGCGACGUAGAAGCCGCCGUGCUGAGGGACUACUCGCCCCGCAGCGGCGACCGCGCGCUGGGGCCCAGGCUCGACGUGCAGCGGUAUAUAGCUGACUUGGACCUGCCGCGGGAGCCCGCCGAGUGGACCAUGUGCGACGUGGUGACGCUAACAACGCGGCUGGCAGGCGGCGCGGCGGGCGCGGCGGCGGCGGCGGCGCGGCUGGCGGGCGCCGAGCUGCUGAUGGCGUCGUGCGAGGAGCUGGUGGAGUGCGCGCGCAUGCGCCUCGGUCCCGCCGUCAAGGUGUACGCGGCCAUACGCGCCCUGCGCCGGGCGAGGCGGCCGCAGGACCAGACGUGAUCCGCGAGCCUGCGCGACCUGCGCGCCAUGCUCAUAUAGAACUGUUGUGCGUGUGUGUGUAAUGUAAAUAAGUGUUGUGUGUACUCGUGUUACCGACAUCUGUGAAACUUAAUUUGGUGUAUCUCGGUGUAAACCCUUGUUUGGUUUUAAAACUGUUGUGCUGCGGUCGUUUUGUUUAGUUGACAAUAUCAUGGAUUUUUGUGACGAUAGUAAAUAGACGAUCAGUGCUAAUCCAAAUAUAUCCUCAUGUUUAGUGUAAGAAUCAUUUUCCAUAUCAGUAUAACUUAUACUCUUUCAAAAUGUAUACAAAUAAAAUGAUGCUAUGUUGUACCGCUGUAUAUUAUGUUUCGACUGCUAUUUUAUGAAAUCUUUAUAAGAUUUCCGACUGUAAAUAUUACUCUUAUGAGUUUUAAUUUAAGGAUCCUAUUUUAUGUAAAUAGUGUGUUUGUGUUGAAAAUGAAAGUCAAUUUGUAUUGACAAUACAUAUUUUUAUUUUAGAAGGAAAAGCUAUUUAUUUUCAUUAGAUAUUAAAAUUGUCGCACAAUCUAGUGCUUUAAGUUUAGGUUGUGAAUAAGAACCUGUCUCGGAGUAUCAUCUAAGUCAUGGAAUCUUUGAAUUAUGAGCUUGAGUUGCGUUUUUAUUUAUGAAAUUUUACGAUCGGCGGCGUCUGUAAUAUGUAUUAAAUUAAUGACGAAUUUUAGUUUGGUUAUUAUAUUGUGACUAUUAUUUAUUUACUGAAGUGAAUACCUAUUAUUCCUUCCAAUAUUAUAAGUAUCUUUCAAAAGUUUUGGAAAUUGGGGGGAACUUUGCAUAAUAUUUUAAUGCAGCAAAUUUUUUGUUCCGGAAACAUCUUAUGUAAUUUUGAAUAAGUAUGUGAUUGUGCAAUGAAAAUGUGUAAUUUAUGUUACUGCCUUACAUAAUGUAUUGACUGGCUUGAGAUUUUUAUGAUGUU